AUGUCACUGAUUCGUCUCUCCCGCCACAAUUCAUUAACGAUCCUCACGCGCAGCCUUCACGGCGCUUCUUCCGACGAAACAGUUUCAACCUAUUCACGACUCGUAGACCGUUACAACUUCCAUCCACCACCACCACCGCCAGCUUCUGAAGAUCCCAAGAAGAAUAAGAAGCCGCCGAAGCCGCAAUACCGACCUCCUUCGUCUCUAGAAGGAGUGAAGAAGAUCCACUCAAGUCUCCCUUUCGAUUUCAGGUUCAGUUACACGGAGAGUAGCUCAAGCGUCAGGCCCAUUGGGCUGAGAGAGCCCAAAUACUCUCCUUUCGGGCCCGAUCGGUUGAACAGGGAAUGGACGGGGGUAUGUGCGCCGGCGGUGGACCCGAAGGUAGAGACGGUGGAAGGAGUUGAGGAUCCGAAGUUGGAGGAGAAAAGGAGGAAAGAGAGGGAGAAGAUACAGGGCCCACCUCUAACUGAAGCGGAGAGGAAGUUUCUUGUUGAGCUUUGUCAGAGAAGCAAAACCAAAAGACAAAUCAAUCUCGGGAGAGAUGGUUUGACUCAUAACAUGCUUAAUGAUAUUUAUAACCACUGGAAACAUGCUGAAGCUGUUCGUGUCAAAUGUCUUGGUGUCCCUACUCUUGAUAUGAAGAACGUUAUCUUCCACCUUGAGGAUAAAACUUAUGGGCAGGUUGUUUCUAAGCACUGUGGUACGCUUGUGUUAUAUAGAGGGAGAAACUAUGAUCCUAAGAAAAGGCCUAAGAUUCCUUUGAUGUUGUGGAAGCCUCAUGAACCUGUCUACCCUAGGCUUAUUAAAACUGCCAUUGAUGGUCUUACCAUUGAGGAGACCAAAGCUAUGAGAAAGAAAGGGCUUGCUCUUCCUCCCCUCACUAAACUCGCUAAGAAUGGGUAUUACGGUAGUCUUGUUCCAAUGGUGAGAGACGCUUUCCUCGUUAGUGAUUUAGUACGGAUUGAUUGCUUGGGACUAGAGAAAAAGGAUUACAAGAAAAUUGGUGCUAAGCUAAGGGAUUUGGUGCCUUGCAUCCUGGUGACAUUUGACAAGGAGCAGGUCGUGAUUUGGAGAGGUAAAGACUAUACGCCACCCGAGGAGGACGAAGGUGAAUAUCCUUCAUUCAUCACUAAUCGUCCCAAGGACUCUGAUGCUAUAUCACCAAACUAG